GAAGACAAUUACAAGAUGAUAUCAACAAAGUUUAUUCUAGCCAUAGCGUGCCUGUUUACAUCUGUCAUGUGUGAGGACAGUUAUCACGAGCUUGAAGCCAAAGUGUUUCUGAAAAACUACGACAAUGAAGCAUGGGAACUCUUCCACCAGUACAAGCUGGCGCAGUGGCAGAUAAAAACAAACAACAGCCUGGAGAAUGAGCUACAGCUU